UUAUCGUUCAGUGUACAGUUUCUUCACUUCAUCCCUUAUCUCUACGUAUUUGCUAAUAUCUCCUCAGUUUCUGUGAGGAUUCCUGGAUAACUGCAAAUCGUUUAUUUACCACUCAGUCAAAAUUUAAGAAUAUUCUCCCACGCUGUGUAACGUUUUCAAGUGAUUUUAGUGUCUUCAAUUGUAUAUAAUUAAAAUGGCUUCGACAUACUCCUAGCACAGGGAGAUAUCCUUCAAGAUCUGAAUUUAGUUUAUUUGGACGAAUAAAAAACUGUAGCAGAAAAAACUGUUCAAUUCUUUAAAUAAAGUAGUGAUUGUUAGUUUAAGUGUUGGCGGAAGUUCUGGUGGUUUGGGUGAAGUGCAGUAAAUUAGUAAAACUGUUUUAUAAAAAAGUCAGUUACCGGCCUAGUUAUGUUCUCCAUCGAGUACAGCAAGCAGUUCCUAAGCUACCGCAUACUCAAGUCCAAUCGUUUCAAAUACAUCUGACGAUAAGGACUCGGACAAUGUUUUUGUGUUUACAAAUUUAUUAAAAAAUUUAACGUGCUACUGUAGUGUAGUGAGUUUCAUCGUCUGGACGUGCAGUUUGUUGUUACUGCGAUUUAACUCAGCGAAUAAUGACGGAAAUAAAAAUUAAUUAGAGCAUUAUUGCGAGGGGUUUUGAAGGAAUUGACGACAUUGGACACUGAGCAAGGUCUAUGUUGAAGAAAUUGGUCGAGACCUGGAAAGUCUUGGCCUUAUGAUUCUGGUUGUUAUCACUCUUGAAAAUUCUCUUAUAUCAACAUCAAUUUUAUUCCAAAGAAUUAUAUUAAUUCAAUUGGUUUUGAUUACUUAGCUGGAAUCAUUUUAUGAAUUCAGGAAAAUCAACAAAAUCAUGUGAAAAAGGCUAAUGCAUUGCAUGUGAAAGUUGUUUCUGCAAGUGCGCGUAUAAUUUGAAUUGCUACUCAUUCAAGGAACAACAAAAAAUCUUAAUCUACCUGUACGAAUUUGGCGAAAUCUUUGAGUGACUUUUUACAGUAAAUAGUAGGAUUUCCAUAAAAAAAAUGAUUGUUUAUGUCCCUGGCAGAAUGCCACAUCACGUUGGGCCUUACGGCGCGGCUCGUUACCCGGGUACACUGUUGGGUAGUGGAUCCAACUAUUAUAACCCAUCAUUUGAUUACGUCGGCAGUGUCCACCUCGCUGGUAGCCGUUUAUUCUCAGGUCAGCUGAAUCUCUAUCAAUCAGCGCUGGAUCUUCCAAUUUGGCCGCGGAGGAUGCCGGCUGAUGAGGAAUUAGGUAGAUCGCCUGGUAUUUUUAACGACCUGGCAACAUUACCAAGCUUUGCUAGUGGUGGACCACCGAGUCCAGCUCACAGCGAUUCCGAUGCCUCCAAUUCAAGUCUUGAACUCAGUAACAUUAGGAAGGGGGAGAAUGGUCAACUUAAAUGCAGAUGGUUAAACUGCGGAAAAUGGUUUACAUCGAUGGAGCAGUUGUCAGAUCAUGUGGCUCGGCUUCACGCAGCUGCUGGACGAGACAAGUUAUUCUACUGUGGAUGGGAAGGCUGCUCACGGGGUGAUCGUGGUUUUAAUGCUAGAUACAAAAUGCUGGUUCACGUGCGGACUCAUACCAACGAAAAGCCGCACCAUUGUCUGGAAUGCGAUAAGAGCUUCAGCCGCGCCGAAAAUCUUAAAAUUCAUGCAAGAUCGCACACUGGCGAACGCCCAUAUGUCUGUACAGUUGAAGGCUGUGGAAAAAGAUAUUCAAACUCCUCGGAUCGUUUUAAACAUACUAGAACGCACGCCGUUGACAAGCCUUAUUGUUGUAAGGUUCCAGGAUGUCCAAAGCGUUACACUGACCCCUCGUCCCUCCGGAAACACGUGAAGACUUAUCGUCAUUAUACUAACAAUAACAACAAAGUUCAACAGAAAAGUUUCGACGAAAACAAUAGUAGCCAAGAAUCAAACUUCGAAAUAUCACCCGAUGGAAGAAGCAAUGGAGAAUUAGAUAAAAAAGACUCGAGUACUGGAAGUAUAACGACGACAUCGCCCUCAUUGAGUCCACGAGGUAGUUUGAGUUUUGAAGAGCAACGAAAAUUCGAGGAAUGGAACAACAUGUAUAACCUUCAAGAGCGUGACGAUCAUGAGCAUGUUAAACUGAAUAGAAAUUACCAUUAUGAAAUGAAAUCGUACCCCAGCAUUUUCCAGGAAGGAAUUAGAACUCCAGAACCAAGGUCGAAUUUACUAUUCUCUAGCCAUGAGAUUGAUGAUCGAUCAACCUCAGAAUCACCAAACCGAAGUCCUUCGCAUAUACCCAGAAUUCAUAUGCAGUCAACGCCAAUAAAAAUCGAAGAUGAUUGCCGGUCAAAAGUUAUAGUGGACUACCGAAACAUCGAGUCAAUCGUGAACAGCACACCAAACAAAGAAGAAAAUGCAAUGAGACACUCCGUUAUCAGACGAGUUGAUAAUUGCGUGCAGAUGAAUACCUCGGAGAGUCCUAAACAUGAAGAUCGAAAAGAACCGUGUUGUUGUCGUCAUACUUGCUGUAUCCAUAACAACCUUUCGGAGAAAACAAAAUUUCUGUCAAAUCUCAUUAUGAAAACACAAAAUCCUUUGUUUAAGCAACUCCUGGGGUCUAUCGAUUUGAAAUAUGAAGUACAGAAUGUGUGGACCGAUGUGGAUGUUGAUGAAGAGAUGGGACCAAAUUUCAAAGUGAAAAGCCAAGGCAUGACCGAGAUGGAGCAGGAUAUUCCACUCGACCUAACAAUUCAUAAAUAAUUCGUCUAUUACAGCCAAAUAUAUUUUUUAUGUAUUGCUCCGUUUGUCUGCUGUGUAGUCUAUAAAUUUUUCAUAUUCACGUGAUCAAUAUCCGGUGUCCUAGCUGGUCUACGUCAUCGUUUCUCGUGUUUGGUUGUUUACGAAUGUCUCGAGAAAUGAUUACCUGGAAUUCAGUUUCUAUUCUCAAACUUUGGUCUUGUCACUUUUUAACUGCUCAAUUGUCGUUCUUCGUCUAUUGUAAGGAAGUAAUCAAUCCAGGUGAAAGCUUUGAUCAGACUGUUAUGCCAAAUAUAAUUGUUAUAAUUGUAGUUAAAGAGCUGAUAUUAGAAAUGAGAUGAAUUUGAGGAAUUCAAUGAGACAGAGAUAUCGGAAUGUCGCUCAAAAUUGUUUUUCUUUUAAGGUAUUUAUGGCGUGAUUCACACAAAAUCAAAAAAUUCAUCAUUUCAGAAAAAUCCGUCCUUUGAUUUUUUAAUAAAUUCAAACAGAAUUCUAAAUAGUAUGAAGGAAUACCAUUGAAUAAAAAAUCAUGAAAAUAAAAAAUUACACUUCAAUUGAUUUAAAUGAAUGUCAUUAAAAUUACAUUGAUUUAAAUCAAUUAAAUAUCAUAAAAAAUAGGAAACAAUGCUCGAAAUAACAACAACGUUUAAGUAACGAGUAUGACUCGUGGAGGGGUAAGAGUGUUAAAUAGGGAAGGGAUUGUGAUGAUAUAUUCAUAGGCGACAUAUUUCGCUAUGGGGCAAUUUAUUUAUUUUCUUUUUGCACAAAAAGACGGUAUGGUAAAACUAUGUUCAUUCACUUAUCCACUUAGUGGACGACUGUAGUUAAACGAAUUGGUGCCAAAAUUUUUAUUUACAAAACGAACAUUUACCGCAAAUGAUACAUGAAUGAAUUGACCCAAAGGGGAGAACCUAUUAUCUAAGUGAAUUACUUUUGUCAAGUCAUACCUCGUUACCUCAAUAGCUCCCACUGUCUACCACGCCAUAAGCCGCCAUAAAUACCCUAAGCCCUGGUUGGAUUAUUUUUUUAACUUUAUUAGAACAACUUCGGUGCUUUUUCCAUCUGCACAUUGCUCUUCAGUGGAACAGAAUAUAUUAUUUAUAUUCUCCUUUAAAAUGAAUUAAGGAUGUUCUGCCGGUAUUUUGUUAUUUUUCCUAUUUUUCUGAGAUUUAUUGAAAACUAUCGAUCGGAUUGGGAUAUGAAAAUAUAGCAUUUGUCCGUUACAUCAUGAUUUAUCCUUUCACAAAGUUUCAUCCCGAUACAACAAAUUUUAUAACUUUUCACUAAAAUCUAUUGAUUUUUUAUUAAAUCUUAGUGAAAAGUUACAAAAAUUGGGUGAAACUUUAUGGAAGAAACAAUCAUGAUGGAACGGACAAACACUAUAUUUUCAUAUCCCAAUCCGAUCGAUAGUUUUCAAUAAAUCUCAGAAAAUCAGGAAAAAUAACAAAAGACCAACAAAACAUCCUUCACAUACACUCACACCAAAAACUAGAUGUAAUUUUCAAUAUUUUGAGAGAACGUUUUUCAUUUUGAUUAGAGCUUGCUCCCAACACACCGUGAUCGUAAAUUUAAAAAAUCUUCACGGUUUUUUUCUGAUUAUUAAUUUUUUUGUAGUAUAUGAAUGGAUUCAUCCUCGACAGGUUCCUCCUCGUAGUUUCGAUAAUCGCAUUUCGUACUUUAUGUGGAACGGUAUACGGAGAGGAAAAUUCUUGAAAAAUUACAUGAGAGCUUUUAGCACGAAAUGUUAUUCGGUGAAAAAUGAAAGGGACCUGAAAUUUGACGAGAGUUUCACGUAAUAAUUACGUGCAGAUUCAUGCAGUAAUGUUUCACGAAAUGCCAUUUUGCUCUAGAAUUCCGCUACUCUCACGUAUUUUUUCGUAAAUAUUUUCUCGGUAUAGGUAAUAUAUUGAAAAUUCUCUCUUUGAUGACAUUAAUCACAAUAGUAGUCAAAAACGUUCUCUUUAAAUAUUAAGAAUUUUUUCUAAUUUUUUUGAGUGUAUAUAUUUCUUACACUCAGAUAAUCGUGCAUCCUAUAAAAAACAAAUAGCAAUGAGUAGAUGGAAUAAUGAUAAAAGAAAUAUCGAGAUAACGGCUGAUAGAUAAUCCAAUCGGCCUUUAAACAAAGUUAAGUUUGCCAAGCAAUUGACAUGCCUCAACGAAGUGCACACUAGUAUGAGUUUUGAAAAUCGUGGGGCAUCGAAAUAAAUUUCAUCAUUUGCUUCUUUCGUAAGCUGUACAAAAAAUGUAAAAUACCGAUUUUUUUCAACAUUUUAAGCGUCUCUCCGUUUUCUAUUUAUUAAACGUCUUUAAAAUAUGUAAUCGAUCUUCGACACAUGGGAAAUCUAUACUAUAAUUCUAUAAAUCAUACGAAAGCCCGCGGCAUUCAAAACUCAUAGUCAUCUCCACUUCAAACUAUUUUUCAUCGUAUAACUAUUCGAUUUCAGGAAAAAAUUUAUCAAGAUUGUUCGACUCAUUGGUGUAAAUAUGGUGGAUGAUUGGCGAAUGUUCCUUUCCACGUAGUACGUGAAGAAAAUUCACUUGCAUGAAAUUUACUAUGCAUAAUUUUAAAGUUGAAAACUUGUGAUGAUUUUUGAUGCGCUGUAUCUUAUUUCAGUCGAAGCUUGUAUCAAUUAAUGUAUAUAAAAAAUAAUUCUUUAAACAAAA